CAGACGUGGCUCAAUGCCAUCAUCAUGAACCGAGGCUCGCUUUUACUCUUGUUUACGGCGGCCGUGGGUCCUACAUUAUGUGUAGCCGCAGGCGAGAAAGGAUCCCGUCCGAGGGGAGUAGGGCCUGAAUUUGCCAAGUUUUACAAGGACACAGAUAGCUUUACAUGCAUUUCCAACCCCACGAUUAAGAUACCGUUCUCAGCUGUCAAUGACGAAUACUGUGAUUGUCCAGACGGCAGUGAUGAACCCGGUACCUCUGCAUGUUCAUUCAUAACUCCUCUAUCACCAUCAUAUGCUUCCAACCCUAGGAGCGAUAAGGCAAACAACACAUUAGCACUUCCUGGCUUCUACUGCAAGAAUAAAGGGCAUACCCCUCUAUAUGUUAGCUUCCAACGAGUGAAUGAUGGAGUCUGUGACUAUGAUAUUUGCUGUGACGGAAGUGAUGAGUGGGCACAUGUUGGUGGUCUAAAGUGCGAGGAUAGAUGCAAGGAGAUCGGAAAGCAAUGGAAAAAAACCGAAGAGGAGAAAGAUAAAUCAUAUUCCGCAGCCUUACGAAAGCGUAAGGAACUUGUGGCCCAAGCAUCCAAGACAGAAAAGGAUAUGCAGGACCGUGUCUUGGUGCUCGAGAAGGAAGCUCAAGGGCUUGAAAUUUCGGUCAAGGAUCUCGAGGCACAGCUAGAGAUAGCCCGAGCAAACAAUAGGGGGAAGUCAGCUAGUGGUCAAAAGCAAGGAAAGGCAUAUGAGUUAGCACAACUCGCAAAGACCAGGACCGAAACUCUCCGAACCGUACUGGCGGAGGUACACAAACAGAGGGACCAAGUAAUAACCCUUCUGCGGGAAGCCGAGGGUAUACUCUCCAAAUUCAAAGAAGAGUAUAACCCAAAUUUCAAUGAUGAGGGUGUGAAGCGUGCUGUGCGUAGCUGGGAAGAUUACAUUGCGCGAAAGGAAGAGGGAGACGGUGACCUCUUCGGAGAUGCUGAUCUCUUCGAUGCACUUAAAUCCGAGCAUGAUGAGCCCUUUAAUAACCCGGAACAAUGGGCAGAAGAAGCUGAAGUGGGACUAGUGUACAAGCUAGCGUCUUUCUUACCCGCUGGCAUCGUAAACUCCAUUGAGGAUGGCAUUGCUAGCUUCCGAUCCGCAUUAGUCUCAAACGGUCUUCUGGCGGAUAAUUCGGUUGAUAGCGAUUCAAACGAGCCACGAGAAGUUAAAGACGCCAGAGACCGGGUCUUCGAUGCACAAUCCUCUCUUAACUCGAAAAAGUCUGAGAUCACGCAACUUAAAGGCGACCUUGAACAAGACUUUGGUGUUGACUCUGUCUUCCGAGCCCUCAAGGGAGCAUGUGUCUCUCGGGAUUCGGGAGAGUAUACCUACGAACUCUGCUGGAUGGAACAAACUAAGCAGAAAUCCAAGAAAGGGCGUGGAGAUACCACGAUGGGAAGAUUCGAGAAGAUCUCAUCCAUCGUUGUGGAUGAGGUCACGCCGUCUGGACAGAUCGUUCAGAAAACAAAGGUUACCCUUUUGUAUACUAAUGGCCAAACAUGCUGGAACGGACCCUCGCGUUCGACGACGGUGAUUCUCGAGUGUGGUGAGAACAACGAGCUUACCAAAGUCUCAGAAGAUGAAAAGUGUAUAUAUUCCAUGUUCGUGACCACCCCCGCGGUCUGUGACUCUCUUGGAAAGAAUGGCCAGGAGAGCGGCGGAAAGGAUGAGCUAUGA